GUUUGACGUUUGGCUGUGUAUGUUGUCUGGCUGUGAAGAAAAAAUUUUAUCGUGAAGCAUCGUGGUUGUUCUAACCUGUUAAUACGUGUUACACAUAUUAUUGGACUCCUGUGGAGCUCCUAGAUUUACUGGAAGCUGUAUUUUUUAUCAAUUUUAACUGGAAAAAGUGUUUUUGGUGUUUUGUGGUGUGAGUGGUGGGCAGCCUGCUUGAUUGGCCGCUGUGGAGGCCGAAAUGAAUGAGAAGGAGGAGAGGGCUGGGCCCUCGGAGACGCUAAUUUUGUGUCGUAUAGACACAGAAAUGAAGAGAAAGAAUUUGACGAAUUCCAGAAAGAAUGAAAAUAUUACCUUUACUGGUAAUGGUGGUGGUGCAGCUACUGUUAAUGGCGUGUGUGUGGCAAAUGGUAAUGGUGGUGUUUGUGCUAAUGAAGACAAUGUCAAUGCAAUUGAUGCAAGUGGCUCGAAUGAAGUGGCGAUGGAUGGUAAUGAGGUGAGGAAAACAAGGAGGCGAGAGGAGAAUGACGUGAAUGACCCUAAGAAAAGGAGGAUUAAUGACGCUGAUGUAAGAUAUACCCCAGAGCAUUCAGCAGUCGACACUAGCAAAUUUCAUAUAUAUUGCAUGGAUACUGCCAAGUUGUUUGUUGAUCUCUAUGGCUGGUACUACAUGCCUGUAACUGUGCAUAAGAUUCUGGUGCAUGGUAGCAAAAUUAUAGCAGAAGCUAUUCUGCCAAUAGGUAUGCUGUCCGAAGAAGCUCAGGAAGCGAGGAAUAAAGAUUAUAGAGCCUAUAGAUUACAUCAUUCGCGAAGAAUUGGACGUGUAGCCACUAAUGAAGAUGUAAUGCAUAACCUUUUAUUGUCUUCAGACCCAUUUAUAAAUAGAUUUCGCUCAAAGCUGCAAAUCAAAAAAUUGGAGUACGAUAAUGAUGUUAAAAAAUUAUUAAAAGACUAUGCUUAAUUUA